AUGGCUGCAUCUUUAUUGAAGCAUCCACCACAAACACUGAUUGAAAAGAUUGUUCAGAAAUACACUGUGCAACAGCCAAUUGACUCUUCAACUGCUCAAAAAGUACCUAGGUUCAAACCAGUCUAUCAAGGAGAGUUUGUUGCUAUUCGUCCACAUAAAGUCAUGACGCACGACAACACUGGCGCAGUGAUCUCAAAAUUCAAAAGCUUUGGAUCGUCUUCACUCUAUGAUUCAAAACAAGUUGUCUUUACUCUCGAUCAUGAUGUUCAAAAUAUUUCAGAAUCGAAUUUGAACAAAUACAAAUCCAUUCAAGAGUUUGCAAAACUGCAUAAUGUAGAUUUUUAUCCAGCUGGAAGAGGAAUCGGCCAUCAAAUUAUGAUCGAAGAAGGAUAUGCUAUGCCCUAUUCUAUGGUAGUUGCUUCAGAUUCUCAUGCUAAUAUGUACGGUGGUAUUGGAUGUCUCGGAACACCGAUUGUACGCACCGAUGCAGCAGCAAUCUGGGCAACGGGGCAAACGUGGUGGCAGAUUCCCAAAAUCAUCAAAGUAGAAUUGCAUGGAAAAAUGCCACCUUACUCGACUGGAAAGGAUAUUAUUGUUGCAUUAUGUGGUUUGUUUUGUGAUGAUCAAGUGCUGAAUUGUGCUAUCGAGUUUGUUGGAGAUGGUGUAUCGUCACUUUCUGUGGAUGAUCGAUUGACAAUAUCUAACAUGACUACCGAGUGGGGAGCAUUGGCAGGUGUUUUUCCAGUUGACAGUAUUACAAUUCAAUGGAUAAAAGAGCAGGUAGGAAGGAUUGAAUCUAUUGAUUCCAAUGCUACACGCCGUGCACUCGCCUUACUGCAACAAAGUCAAGAUUAUCCGAUUGCUGCAGAUGUGGGAGCUUAUUAUUCCAAGCAUUUAGCUCUUGAUAUUUCCACUAUUUUUGAAUAUGUAUCUGGCCCCAACAGUGUCAAAGUCUGCACUCCACUCCAUCAACUCGAGUCCAAUAGGAUUCCUAUUCAAAAAGCGUAUCUAGUCUCGUGUGUCAAUUCGCGUCUUUCUGAUAUACACUCAGCGGCACAAGUACUUUCCAACAGAACCGUUGCUCCUGGAGUAGAGUUGUAUAUUGCAGCGGCAUCUAGUAAAAUCCAGCAUGAUGCAGAAAUGAAUGGUGACUGGCAGACUUUGAUUAAAGCAGGAGCAAAGCCGUUACCAGCGGGGUGUGGACCAUGUAUUGGGCUUGGAGUUGGUACACUUGCCGAAGGAGAAGUGGGAAUAUCUGCUACGAAUCGCAACUACAAAGGACGGAUGGGAUCGCCCAAAGCAUUGACGUAUCUGGCAUCACCUGCAGUUGUAGCGGCAUCAGCAGCGACAGGAUAUAUUUGUAGUCCUCGAUCAUUAAUGCUUAGCAACUGCAAGAACCAGUCCAACACAAGCAGCGAGACUAUAGCAAACCGUAUAGUAUCUUGUAAUGUCUCUAAAGUUUUCAAAGCGUUUGAAGGACAUAUUGUAUUUUGCGAUGCAGAUAAUCUGAACACAGAUGGUAUUUACUCUGGAAAGUAUACAUAUAAUGAUGAUAUGACACCAGAGCAUAUGGCGCAGGUUGUGAUGCAAAACUAUGAUCCGGAUUUUGCAAAAAUAAUUAUCAAGGUAAUAUUAAGAUUAACAGUUGUAUUUGCAGGGGGACAUUCUUGUGGAUCAUCUCGAGAACAGGCGGCAACAGCACUGAAGCAUGCAGGAAUUUGUGCGGUAGUUACAGCAAGUGUCUCUGAGACAUUCAAGCGCAAUGCAAUCAACAAUGGAUUGCCAGUAUUGGAAUGUCCAAAAUUAGUGGUAGAUUUAAGAAAAUGGAAUAGAGCGAGUGAAAAAACCACAAGACAUGGAGCGAGAAUGAUGGUUGAAUGGGAAAAAGGAACGAUACGAGUAACGCACAAUGGAAUGCAUUCGGACUAUACGGUGAACAGACCGGGAUGGAUGACUAAAGAGAUUCUUGUAAACGGAGGAAUGACGCAGUGGGUCAAGAAUUGGCUGAAAAAUGUCCGAAUUUGA